GCUUAAGGGGGGCAGUAGUUUCCGAACAUCUUUCUCAGCCGAGAGACAGGAAAGUCUUGAAAAGGUCGCUUGCCCGUACUAUAUCUGGCAUGAUCGUGCAGUAGCGGCUUCUUUAAGUACGACCAACAGGUGAUGGCGCAUCAGACUCUCGCUGUGGGGGACGUGUAAGUCGCCAAGCGCGAUUGCUUUUCAGUCAUCGCUUUUGUCGGUGUCCGAUUGCUUUUUCCUGUCUGAGCACAAAACGAACAUGCCCCCGUAUGUUCCAAACGUCUGUGUCGUAUCGUCGUAAUAGUGACUCAAAGCACGUAGCAGUAAUUUCUCACUGGCUCAAACAGGAGCCACCCGUUUUUCCACUUCUUUAGUCGACAGGAUAACUUUUUUGGGGUGAUGCAUGUGUCUAUUAUCAGCAGUCCGAAUUAUGUUUGUCUCAUUUACAAAUGUUUGCUUGUACUGGCAGCACCCUCUCCGAACGAACACUGCAAUACUGUUUGUGUGAUAUCAGGUAGCCGCCCCUCUCAAACUGCCGAACUGUUCAUUCUGGUUUCAUAGCGGGUUCGUCAACGGCUAGAAAAUGGUCGUAGGUGUUGUCUUUUUCCGUGCAACACGAAGAAUCAAGAUAUCUCACUCAAUAGGGGAAACACUAUUGGCUCUCUUCGCCGCGACUUCAUCUUGCCUACGCCCUCGUGAGGAGGGUUCCCUCACAUGCGCCCCCCAAAAUCUCGUAUUUUGUCUCAACAUAACCUCGUUAUCCUUGGAACGAUGGGGCAUUCAAGUCGGUAUUCUCUUGGCGGAAUGCUUCGCUCCUCCAGGCUGACCUUGGAGGGUACUUGGAAGAACACGCUUGUCCGAUCCUUCUUCUCCGAAGAGCAACUGGAUGAGCUCGAUCUUUCUGAGGAAGAAAUUGCAGACUACAUGAUUAAACAUAUUGUGCCGUUUGUUAAGUCACAUAUAGUUGACGCAAUAAAGGUUCGGGACGAGAACUUCGACCAGUUUGUCGCAGACAGACUUGCUGAGCAGGGAGUUGUCCCAAAGGAACAGCAAGAGAAGAUCAAGAAAGUCAUGCAGGCCAUGGCUGCGGCAAAGGUUCAGAUCACUGACCAAACAGAUACUUUGGAAGAACAGCAAAGCAAAAUAGCUGACCUCACCCGGAAGCUCGAGGCGGCCACGCGAUAUCUGGAAGAGAAAGCUGCAACUCUGGAGAAGCAAGUCAUCGAGAAGGAGGCAUGGAAAGUAGAGCAGGAGUUGAAAGAUGAGGCCAAAUUUCCAAAGUAUGCGGUCGAUGCCCUAAGGGACCUCGAAGAAGAAAUUGCCAUGCCGACGAACGACGACGAUGACGAUGAUGAAGAGGAGAAAGAAGAUUCGUCCUCACAGAUAUCCUCUCCGACGGAAGCAACGGCAAAAGCUGGCGAAUAUUCCCCUACCUCGAAGAAGAUGCAGGAAAUUCUUAAGGACGGCAUGACAGAGAUCCAAGAAUUGCUGAGGAAACUCCUGGCCAAUGUGAGCGUACAACACAUCCCGCAAUGAUUCGAAGCUGUCUAACCGGAAGUUUUGUUCGAAGCAUACGGGGUCGUGUUUUUCCUCAAAACAAACUUUCAGCUAGAAAAUCAGUUUUGUGAAUACGUGAAUUUUGCUGAUCAGUCCAUGGGCAAAUGUUACUAUUUUCUUUGGCGUGUCCACACACCUCUGAUCUCAGACACCUGGAAAAUCAGGAAACAACGGAGAGUCGUCAGUUAUGGAACCGCGAAUGACUCUGUAUAUACUCUGAAUAUUGCCAGUUGAUGUUCUUC